CGAAUGCAACGCGAAGCCUGAAGUGUCUAGUUGGCCGAUGACUGCCGACAAUAGUCUGUGCUGUACAACACGCGGUCUUUGUUCGAAUUAAAGGUGCUUCCCCAGAAUCUGGGUUAUAGGUAGCACAUAACUGUGUGUCGCAUGCUUCGAGGGCCCUUAUCCCAUUGCAGAACAUAACUUAGAAGAACCUCAAGAAUUAAUAGGGAGCUCUAUAAUGUCAAUAGCAGCCACCUUCUCUCUACUUAAAGCAAUGUCAACCUAUAUCGUUUUGUACAAAACCUUCACCUCCCCUCUCAAGAUGCAAGUUCGAUAUCGAUUAGUCUACGUCGUUCAUGUGAUAACCUCCAUGUUUAUGGUCUCUGCUCUCGACGCAUUCAAGCUUCUUUACGCGGAGCAACGGGUUACGAUCGGCAUUGAUGUCGUUAUUCUUGCCUGGAUUCCCUUGUCAACGUUCGUAACAGUCAGGGUGUUGCGUCGAUGCAUUGAGGACAUCCAAGCUCCUGUACUUCCGUUCUGGAGGACUGGUCAUGACAGCUGUCGAGCCUCUGAGGGAUUGAAUGAUUUAAUCACCACCUUCGGCUUUGGUCAUACUUUCGCAAUCGAUCCAAUUGCACCGAUACUCUUCAUAUUAUGCCGUAGUUCCAUGACCACGAUACUCACCUUAUCACUAUUUGCCGUCCUCAUCUUCGGAUUAUGUCUCGAGUUAUCAGGCAUCAGGCAAAAUCGUUGGGGGUACUUCCUGUACUUCUACCUGCUGGUCACAAUUCCUUUGCAAAGGGUUGUCACUAUAUCCCGAUGGGUUGUUGCGCUAUUAGAAGGUCGGAUAAGGAUUUUGGAGAGAGAUGAGGAGGAGUUAAUACCGUUUCCUGGAUUGGUGAAAGGAGAUGCUUGUGCUUCUGCUAAUGAACAAGUGUUAAGCCAGGGAAGGGUUCUUUCUCCAUGUAGGAUGAUUUUCUCGGAAACAUGUGUUCUGUACUGAUGGCGCUGAGUAGACCGGUUGGAAUGACUUACUGAUAGGAUAAACCCGGGGUCUUUUGUAUAUCUACUGCUACUCAACACCUCCUGGGCUUGAUGGGCCGAGCUAUUAAAUUGUGCUAUGAAUCAUACUAGGCUUACAUUUUCAGUGUAAAGUGUUUGCUACUUGAAUCAAUAUUGUCAGAACACGACGAGCUCCCGUACAAACAGUCUUACAUUAUCUUUGCUUACCGCUAACGACAAUCCUCAUACCUCGAGGGCUCAUACGCUUCUUCAUCCACCGUCCCGAUGCUUGAAACGUAACACUACUGGACGCAGACGCGUCGUUCCGAACUUUAUAUUGAAUUCAUGAGCCAGUUGCUCUGAGAUACUCUAAUGCAGAU